AUGAGCAAAGAGAGAAGGUUACCCUUUGCUGAUGCUGCCACUAUAGGUAUGUUCUUGUUUAUCCUUUGUUCACUUCUCUUUAUCUUUUUUUUUUUUAUUUUUUGGGCUUUCUUGCGUCUAUACUAACACGGGUUUUGAAGUUCGAGCACACCAAAAGGAUGCGUACUUUGAAUCCUCGUAUAGGAGCCAAAUCCAGGACCUUUUCCAGAUCUUCAAAGGUCAAAGGUUUAUAAACGAGUUUCCCAAGGAGAUAGCCGUGUUGUCCAAGGGUUUGUAUUUGGCACUAACGACGUUGAUUGGCGCAAGAACCCUUGGGGAAGAGUAUGUCGAUUUGAUAUAUGUCAACAGAACAGGGACCAAACUACCUCGACUAGUACCCAGGGUUGGGUUCAUCCUAUCCUACGCCGUGGCGCCCUACCUUGUUAGCAAGUUUGUCAAGUGGCUAAAGAUGAAGAAAGAAACAAGGGAAGGUAGCGGCGAGCCAAGCAACGACAAUUGGCUCGUCAAGCUCUUGUCAAACUACUACGAUGUCUUGGACACGAUAAUGAACCUCCACAUUGCCGUUUUUUACUUUAAAGGGGCCUACUAUUCUAUAUCCAAGCGACUUUUCGGGCUACGGUACGCCUAUGGCCAUCACAAGGAGCCAGAGAAGAUGCAGAGGGGCAACUACUCGCUUCUUGGUGGAUUGAUCAUUGUGCAGUUUGUUGUCAAGUUGUUGAUGAACUUGAAAGAGAUUAAUGCCGAGCAGGCAAACAAGCAAAGCGAGGAAAAGAAGCCCGCAACCGACGCUGAGGCCGGCAACGACGCAAAGAUCUACACCAUCACACAACUAAGUCACUUGAGCGACAACUUUGACAAGAGUCUUUUGGUCGACCUUGCCGAUGAAAAACAGUUGCCCUAUUUGCAAGGAGUCUCGAGGAACUGCAUGUUGUGCUUAUCACCCAUGGUUUCCCCGUGUGCUGCAUCCUGUGGCCACUUGUACUGCUGGGAUUGCAUCGUUGACUGGAUCCGCGAAAACCCAGAGUGUCCACUAUGUAGACAACAGUGUUUAGAACAGCAUCUACUUCCCUUGAGGUGA